CCGUGGAUUGACGACGUAGCACAAACACAGCUUCAUUUAGUCCAGUCUACGGAGCACCGAUCCGCAGUGGGCUGUCGAGCCGCCGUUGUCUUAUUUUAAAACAAUAAUGGAAGGAAACUUUAGCAACAUCAAACUGCUUAUUCUUGCUGCGGAGUUUCUGGAAAGAAAAGAGCGAGAAGCAGAACAUGGAUAUGCUUCAGUCCCGCCUCUGAGCCCCGAUCACUCCUGCAAAGGGAGCAAGCAGAAGAGCAAGAAGAUCUCUGCUGGUGGCAAUAGGUCCGUUCACAACGAGCUGGAAAAAAACAGGCGAGCGCAGCUGAGGCACUGCCUGGAGCAGCUCAAGAAACAAGUCCCGCUCUCCUCCGACUCCGUGAGGAACACCACCCUCAACCUGCUGCGGCGGGCGCAGCUUCACAUCAAGAAGCUGCAGGAGCAGGACGAGCGCGCGGAGGAGCUGAAGGGCCGCCUGCUGUGGGAGCAGAGGGAGCUGAGGGUCCGGCUGGAGCAGCUGCAGAGAGGCACCGAGAGGAUGAGGAACAACAGCCAAGGGUCCACCAUGUCGUCCGAGAGGUCGGACUCAGACAGAGAGGACGUGGAGGUUGACGUGGAGAGCAUCAUGUUCGACUCUGUGGACUGUGAUGGACUGAGCAUUGCGCACGCCGAUGCAGACCACUGUUACUCCAGCAUGGACAAGGCCUGGCUAUGACAGGCGCUCUGGUAGCGGACAGAAAGACGAGGAAACAUUCCAAAAGACAGAGGACGACAGCGGAGAGAGAUGUUACUGAACGCCCAGUUUCUUUACAGAAGGAUUGACUUUUAAUGUUUUCGCGUAAAAAUGUGUCAGACUACAAGCUAAACAAUAAUUUGUCUAUGAACGAACUACGUCCAUUUGCACUGAAUAGCCGUUGAAAUCACUGGGCUGGGAUUCAGGUUUCAUUACGCAAAUAUGUUACGCAUCAACUAUUAAUGGCUUUUUUGUCCAAAAAUCUGAAGUGACUGAAAGGUGAAUUAAUUUCAGAAAUUCUAUACAUUAAUUUUACUGAGCUUUUAAGAAAUCCAACUAAGGGCUUUUAAACUUAUUUAUUCUUAUUACUGCAGUAUAUCUAUACUGAAUUCUGCCUUAAAUCAGAUUUGGUCUAGUCUCCUAUAAAGCUUCUCUUUAGCACUAAAUUUAUAUUUCAGUAAUGUUAUGUGUAGCAUGCACUUAUACAUUAAUCUGUGUUAUCAUGUUGUGUAAAUUCAGUCAUGUGUGUUGUUCUUCAGUUGCACACGAUGUCAACACGUUGCACUUGUUUAGCGUCAGAACUGUGAGCGUAACGAGACGAGUGAACAGGAACGAUCCCGUCAGGUUCAUAUGUUGAAGUCUGGCAAUGAAGUGAAUGUGCCAAAUAAGAAGCUGAUGUAUUUGUGCACAGUUCAGUGUGUGAUUACAAGCACAAACCUCUGUUCUCUGUACGAGCAUUAAUGGUGCUGUUAACUGACAUGUUUAUCACAACCACACUCUUCAAUAUUUGUGCAUUUAUGGGUUGAAAUAUUACCACAGUACUUGUAAUAAUUUGGCAACGUAUGCAGUGUGACCAGUAUAUUCAUUGCUGUGUAUUUAAAUAACUGAAGGUGCUUUUCCCCCCUUCACUUUGCAUAUGCAAGAUGCCUUAUUACUUUUUAAUAGUAUGUAUGUAUUCAUCUGUCUCUCCGCCCAGUAAUACUAUGUAGCAUUUUUUUACCGAUGUAAGCUUUUUAAAAAUAAAUAUUUUCUCUAUUUA